AUGUCAGCAGCAACAACCGCCCCCAAACAAACGGAAUCCUGCCCUCAACUACCGCCUCCGGCGCCCAAACAAUCUCAAACACCCCGCAACCCUCAACCUCCCAACCUGCCCCACUUCGCCUACCGGCACACCGCCGCCGUGCUCUCCGACGCCCUCCACCUCUCCGCCGACCCCUACAUCUCGCACGCCGGCGCCCGCCCCAGCGCCUCGUCGGGCGCCGCGCCCGUCAACGUCGGCGAGGCAAGCAUCACCGCGAACGCGGUCGCAUUGGCCAUAUCGAGUCGGUUGGGGUAUCAAUUCCGCGGCGGAGGAGGGGGUUACUACGGCGGGGGCGGAGGCGGUGCAAGUAAGGAUUGGAUGUUGGAAUUGGCAAGGGAGAGGAAUAAAGUGGCGUUGCCGAGGGUGUUGCCGAGUGAGUGGGGAGUAAGGUUGCCGGGGGAGAGGUUUGUUUUGAGUGGGGUUUCGUGGGGGUUGAAGGAUGUUUGGGCGGGGCAGGAGGGAGAGAGCGAGGAGGAGAGUGAGCCAGAGGAGCAGGGGGAUAAGAUGGAAGUGGAUGAGAAUGGGAAAAAUGGGGAGGCGGAGGAUGGGGUUGAGGUGGAAGGGGGCACGAUGGAGGAUGUGUUCGGGGAUGAGGGGUUGGAGGAUGAGGAGAUGGGGGAGGCGUGA